GCCAAACUUCGGUCUAUAAAUACUUCUCUUCCCUCUGCGUCCGAAUUCCGAACAGAGACGGAAGGCACCAAAACUCCUUCCCGACAAUGGAGCUCCGGAGAAGUCAAAGAACAAAUCAUAUAAUUGAUGCGGUCUCAGUGCUCCUUGUGCUGGGGCUACUGGCCACACGAGGAGCUGAGUGCAGGAAAGACAGAAUUCUUGAUUCCUUCGAAUACACUGCUGUGAGUUGCAGGGCACACAGCGCGUCAUUGACGGAUUUCGGAGCAGUCGGCGACGGAGUGACGUUGAACACCAAAGCCUUCCAGGCAGCAAUCGAUCAUCUGAGCCAGUUCGCGUCGGACGGCGGUGCUCAGCUCUUCGUUCCCCGUGGAAGAUGGUUGACCGGGAGCUUUAACCUAACCAGCCAUUUCACCCUCUACCUUCACAAAGACGCAGUCCUCCUUGCAUCUCAGGACGUGAGCGAAUGGCCUCUGAUCGAGCCCUUACCAUCCUACGGUAGGGGAAGGGACGCACCAGGUGGAAGGUACAUCAGUCUCAUCUUUGGAACAAACCUCACCGAUGUUGUAAUUACAGGGGAUAAUGGCACGAUUGAUGGCCAGGGUGAUCUCUGGUGGCAGAAAUAUCGUAGUGGUCAACUUAACUACACACGCCCCUACCUGAUCGAAAUUAUGUACUCCGAUCAGGUUCAGAUAUCUAAUCUUGCUCUAGUGAAUUCCCCAUCAUGGAACGUUCAUCCCGUCUAUAGCAGCAAUGUUAUAGUCCAAGGCCUCACCAUCACAGCACCCGUAACAUCUCCCAACACCGACGGCAUUAAUCCAGACUCUUCCACCAACGUCCUCAUCGAGGAUUGCUACAUAGUAUCCGGAGAUGACUGUAUUGCCGUGAAAAGCGGGUGGGACCAGUACGGAAUCGCCUUUGGAAUGCCAACCAAAGGAUUAAUGAUCAGACGGCUGACGUGCAUUUCCCCCGACAGCGCGGUCAUCGCACUGGGCAGUGAGAUGUCCGGUGGGAUAGAGGACGUCAGGGCCGAGGACAUCUUAGCCAUCAAUACAGAAUCCGGAGUCCGCAUCAAGACGUCGGUGGGAAGAGGAGGGUAUGUGAAGGACAUAUACGUGAGGCGAAUGACCAUGAAAACCAUGAAGUGGGUCUUCUGGAUGACAGGCAACUAUGGGUCCCAUCCUGAUGGCAAUUUCGAUCCGAAUGCACUUCCGGCGAUCCAAGGCAUCAAUUACGGGGAUAUGGUGGCCGAAAAUGUUACCAUGGCUGCGAGAUUGGAAGGAAUCGCCGGAGAUCCGUUCACCGGAAUUUGCAUUUCUAAUGUCACAAUCGGGUUGGCGGCCACAGCAAAGAAGGUCCAGUGGAACUGCACCAACAUCGAAGGGAUCACAAGUGACGUGACGCCUCAGCCCUGCGAGCUCUUGCCUGAUCAGGCACUCACUAACUGCGCUUUCCCCACCGAGUGCCUUCCGGUUGAAGCUGUUCAGAUUCAGGCGUGCAGUUACAAAAGGAACUACCUAAUAGGAUACAGCGAUUAAGCUUGUAUUUAUUACGUUGUUGUCUUGUUGAUACAGUGGUCAUCAAGAGAGACCCCACCCCUUCUCUCUGUUGGUAGCUGUGGGGUUGUAAAAUGUUGGGAAAUGGGAGUGCAAGAGUGUUUUAAGUAUCAAAAAGACACAUUGGAUUUGGAUGUUUAACAUACAGACAUUGAUUCAAUUGCAAUAAUAUAUCGCCAAUGUUAGGUAUCAA